AUGGUGGCCGGCAAGCCUUCGAAGCCCACUAGCAGAGACGGAUUCGAAAUCGCCAUUGUAUGUACAAGAGCGCUUGAAUACGAUGCGCUCUGCCUUCUUUUCGACGAUUUUUGGGACACAGAUGGCGACCCCUUCGGCAGAGCCAGGGGUGAUCUCAACACUUACACCACAGGCUGCAUGGGGAAUUUUAAUGUUGUUGCGGUGCUGCUCUGCAGCUCAGGCAAAGCACCCGCAGCAAGUGCAGCGGCCAGUCUUCGAUCGAGUUAUACUUGCAUUGAGCUCCUGAUUCUUGCCGGGAUAUGCGAGGGGGUUCCUGAUGCAAAUGGAGAAGAAUUACUGCUUGGUGAUGUAGUCAUCAGUGAAACAGUCAUCGAGUAUGAUCUGGGCACUCAGUCAAAGAACACUAUUGAGCGGAUGCAUGGGCGUGCAAACAAAAACAUCCGAAAUUUUACUACAACCAUUAAAACCGAAAGGGGAUACGAGCUUUUGGAGGGUAAGGUUUCGGUUUUCCUACAACAAAUUCAGGGCCGUGUGUCAGAGGCAAAGUAUCGGCAGAGGCGCAAGGCCGCAACUUACAGGUACCCUGGCUCUACCAACGAUAUUCUCUUCGAGUCAACCCAUCGCCACAGGCAUUAUAACUCGUCACAAUGUGCGUGUGCCGACUACAGCCCGGAUGAAGGCUUCUAUGCAGUAUGUGACCAGUCUACGGAAUUGAUUUGCGAACAGACUGGCUGCGAACACAAAUGUGUAAAAACCCGAACUCGGUUACACCUGAAGAACAAGCUAGAGAAUAAUGGGGAUGCCAAUUCUGCACAAAUUCCACAUAUCUUUCUUGGACGCUUUGGAUCCGGCGACACGGCAUUUAGAUCCGGUAUUCAUCGAGAUUCUCUAGCUCAGAAACACAACAUCAUCGCUUUUGAGACGGAGGGCGCUGGAGUCUGGGACGAAUUGCCUUGCAUCAUCGUUAAGGGUGUGAGCAGCUAUGGAGAUGGCCAUAAAUCGCAAAUAUGGGCAGAAUGGCAAUACUUUGCUGCCGCUGCCGCUGCAUCAGUCACAAGAGCUUUAAUUGAGCGUUACCCCCAAACCGAUAAAUCACCCACCACAGUUCUCAAGCUUCAGGAGAAUAAAGCCUGUUUAAAUGCCCUAUUCAUCACAAACCCUGAGGAUGAUAAGAUUCGUAUUGAGGAGACGAAGGGGGGGCUGCUUCGGGAUGCGUAUAUCUGGGUCACGAAAAGUGAGGAGUUCGUACAGUGGCUUGAAGACCCUGGAAUUCGCUUACUUUGGAUCAAGGGCGAUCCAGGCAAAGGAAAGACCAUGCUGUUAUGUGGUAUCAUAGAUGAGUUGAAAGCGAGAAAAACUGGACGCAAAAUCUAUUAUUUUCUCUGUCAAGCAACAGAUAUCCGCCUCAACAAUGCUGCAGCGAUACUACGAGGAUUGCUACAUAUGAUAGUCUUACAGCAACCCUCUCUCAUCACUUGCCUCAGACACGAGUUUGACAAGUCUGGAAAAUCUGCUUUUGAAGGGGCCAAUUCUUGGGUUGUUCUUUCUCGCAUAUUUGAGCAGAUGCUCAGAGAUGACUCUCUAAAGGAUCCAAUCUUCGUUAUCGAUGCAUUAGAUGAGUGUGUGUCAGAUUUGGCGCAAAUUCUUAAAGUUAUAACGCAAAGCUCAGCUUCAUCGUCUCGGGUGAAAUGGCUCGUGUCGAGUCGCAAUUAUGCAGACAUUCAAGAGACACUGGCAACUGCGGAAAAUAAGUCGAUUAUGAGCCUUGAGCUCAACGCGGCAUUUGUUUCUACUGCGAUAAUGAAGUAUAUCCAGCAUCAACUGAAACUUCUAUCUCGCAAGAAAGGCUAUACCAAAUCACAAAUUGAUCAUCUAGAGGAAUAUCUAUCUACCAACGCAAAUGGGACUUUCCUCUGGGUUGCAUUAGUAUGUGCCCAACUCGAGUGGACUCCACGAUUCGAUCAUCUCUUCAAAUUGAUAGAGUUCCCUGUAGGACUUGACCAACUCUAUAAUCGAAUGAUGGAUAGAGUAUGCGAUUCAAAGAUAUCAGAUUUUGGCAGAAGAGUUCUAGCUAUCGCCACAGUCACCAACCGGCCUCUUACUACAUCGGAAUUCGCUUCCAUGAUCAACGACAUCAGCCAUGACAAAGGUGGUACAGAGCCUAACGACGAUACCUGGGAAGAUGUAUUAGGCUAUUGUGGCUCAUUUUUGACUAUGAGAAAUAGUACUGUAUACUUUGUUCAUCAAUCUGCCAAAGACUUCAUCGUCAAACACGCCGUCCAGCGGCUCUUCCCGAAUGGUACGGAACACGUCCACAGAGAGAUACUCGAGAUGUGUAUUUCGGCUAUGAGAAGCGUGUUAAAGAAGGACAUGUAUAAUCUUGUCGAUCCUGCGUUUUCAGUUGAUGAUCUCCCACAGCGAGCCCUGGACGAAGAUCCACUCAUUUCUGUAAGAUACGGAUGUGUCCAUUGGAUUGAUCAUUUUGAAAAGUCUAUGCCCAAUAGCAAAGACCAGCCCACGAGUUUCAAAUUGAUAAAUGCCUUUCUAGAAGAAAAGUUCAUUUAUUGGCUAGAAGCUUUGAGCCUUCUCAGAAAUAUAUUCGACGGCAUAGCAGCAAUGCAACGACUGGAGCAUUUGGUUGCAAAUUCUGGAAUACCCGAACUACGCAAGCGAGUUUGGGAUGCUCGCCGCUUUAUCCAAACGUUUGACAACGCUAUAGCAGAUUACCCUCUGCAAGUCUAUGUGUCGGCUUUAAUCUUUAGUCCAACCAAGAGCAUCACUCGCCAACGGUUUAAACACGAAGCUCCGGAAUGGAUCCACGCAUUGCCAAAUGGUGAAUCCGAAUGGGCUCCUGCUUCUAGAACAUACGGGGGCAACAAGGAGUAUCUUAGCCACCUCGCUGCCUCCUGCGGCGGAACAUGGAUAGCGUCUGCAGGCUAUAGUACUAUAGCCAUAUGGGAGACUUUCUCUGGCAAACUGAUUCGAGCCUUGCCCGUGUUGCACGGCACUGCACCUGGAGAAGAACGCGCUCAAAGCCGCUACUUCUCUAUUAGAUUUUGCUUUUCUCCUUGCAGUAGAGACGAGCUAGCAUCAAGCUGGUUUGACUAUCCAAAUCACAAGUUAAUGAUAUGGGAUAUUGCAACGGGCAAAGCUACGCAACAGCUCCCGAUCGAAAACAUGGUGAAAUCAAUUUCAUAUCUGGCGUCAGCUCACAACAUACUGGGCUGUCUCUCCAAAAGUAAAAAUGACAGUGACACGAGGAUCAUUGCUUCAAUCUGGAAUACCGAAACAGGCCAAAUGAUUGAGAGGCUUCAGCUUGACGAAUCAAGCACUCCUGUAUCACUUUCUAUAUUCUCAACCGUCAACAAGAAUAUUAUAGCACAGUCCAGAGGUCAUGCCGAUCAGACGCAUGUUGAAAUCUUCAACAUCGAUACUGGCAGUAAAGUUCAUGUUACGACGGAUCACAUCAACGACAUCAAGUUCUCUCCGGACGGCUCUCUUUUAGCCGUUCGUAUAUCAUCGCGCACUAUCGCCUUUUUCGAUACAGCAUCGGGGGAGAUUAAAUGGUCAUUCGAGAGCAGCGGAGGUUUAAUUGAUUUUGCCUUCUCGCCAGACGGGACAUUAUUAGCAGCAUCUACUUCGGACGGAAUUCAGAUUCUGAGCAUGACAUCUAGCAGUUGCUUGCGAACCAUCAGAUCGAGAAGUAAUUACUUAAUCUUUUCCCACGACGGACAGAAGAUAUACAGCGUCGAUUAUGCCGUGAUCAAUGUUGUGGAGAUGGACCAAGAAAGCUUCAUCGUACAAGAUUUACUCGAACAUGCACCUGAAGAAGUUACUGUUCACAGGUGGAAGGUUUCUCUAUCGCCUAACUGCAAAUUGGUCGCAUCAAUGUCCAUACGCCCAACGGGUAUAAAACUUCUCGACAUCGACACAAACACUUCCACCAAUCUACUUGAAAACACUUCCACUAAUCUCCUUGAACACCCAUAUGGUGAUCAAGAUCUCACAAACCUUAUCCUUAAAUUUUCCCCUGAUUCUGAGAAGCUAGUCUUCAUCUCAUCUGCCAUGGUUAAACUGUGGGACGUUUCUUCUAAGCCGGCAGGAAAUAUUUUGACGCAGAAGAAAACUUCCAUGUUCACGUUUCGAUAUGCUCUCGACCCUUUCCCAUUUUCGCCAAAUAGCGCGCGCCUAGCCAUUCCAUUCAGGUAUCAGAACCUUUCCGUGCGUUUGCCCGACACACUCGAGCACGAGAAGAUAUCUAAGCGUUUGCCCUACGCCCUCAGAGUUCAGUUUGGGAUUUUCUCCAACCACUGA